GGUCAUGGCUUGGCUCGAUGUUAUUAUCACUCAUAGAGUUGACUGUGCCCGUGUACUGGGGCGUGUCUUUCGUGCCUGCGGGCUUCACACUGGAUUCUCUACCAAGCUAGGACGACUGCCGCGCUUUGCUGUAUUUCGAGGACAAUCUAAAGAAGAACGAUGCUUGAAUGUUUAACUCAGUUGUGGCCGCAGUCUGUGGUAACCCAGGCUCUUGUUGUUGGGAUAGUGGUUGGACUCAUCGCCUAUAAUCUCUUCAAGAAACGAUACAACCUACCGCCCGGGCCCAAAGGAUGGCCAUUGAUUGGAAACCUUUUGGAGCUGCGAGGGGGUCUCCUGUUCCGAAAACUCAGUGAUUGGAGCAAAACGUACGGUCCAGUUAUGACGAUUCAGUUGGGUACUCUGACUACAGUUGUUCUGAGUCGAAUCGACGUUGUAACGGAAGCUCUCAUUACAAGACAAGCAGACUUCGCAGGAAGGCCCGAUACUUUUGUUGUACGUACACUCACUGAGGGAGGAAAAGACAUAGUCCAAGCAUCGUACGGCCCAAGAUGGAAGUUGCACAGGAAAAUAGCAUCUAAGGCACUAAGAAUGCCUAGGCUGGAUAACAAGGGUGAGAACAAAAAGUCUUCAUACAAGCGCAUCAGAUCUGGUACAGACACCACGAGAAACACGCUCCACUGGUGUCUCCUGGCAAUGGCUCUCCACCCUGACAUUCAGAAGAAGGUUCAGAAAGAGGUGGAUUCAGUUAUUGGUCCUGAUCUGAACGUGCACGUUUCGGACAGGGAGAACUUGCCAUACACCGAUGCAGUGAUACAUGAGGUCAUGAGGUUGAGGACAGUCGUUCCUAUUGGCGUUCCUCACUCCACCCUGUGCGAUACCACAGUUGGUGGCUACGAUGCAAAGGGAACAAUGGUGGUCAUCAACCACGACGCUUUGCACUUUGACCCUGACCAAUGGGAGGACGUCAACAUGUUAAAACCUGAACGAUUCCUUGACUCAGAUGGGAAGAUGGGUCCGAAACCUGAAAGCUGGCUUCCGUUUUCUGCCGGAAGGAGAGUCUGUCUUGGUGAGACUGUCGCCAAACCCGAGAUCCACCUCUUUCUUGCUGGAAUCCUGAGGGUAUUCUCCAUAUCACUCGCCCCUGGAACACAACACGACUUUGAGCCACAGAGUAAGGGGAUUGUCAAUACUCCAGGGAGAUACAAGGUUGUUAUGGAAUGGAGAGGUUAAGUUGGUUAUUUGUUUUUAACGUCAUUUUGAACAGAGUAUCAAGGUCUUUUUAUCUUGUCAAAAUACUGAACUUCACUCAGCCAGUGAGGGCGGGGUGGUGACAAACACAAGAAUUAUUAUGACGGACAACCUGUGAUUCGAUACUGCUCAGUGUGACGUUAAAAUCAACUAAUUAAGACUGACCAAUCGGUGAAGAGGUUUAAGACAGAUAUACUAUAUAGACAAUCAUAUGAUAGGAUUUACUCUUUAACUACCACACAGAAAACGUUGUUUGUCUUCUUUCCAUUUCAAGUCUAUAUUUUUUUAUUCAUUUUGAAUGGAAUCGCUACUUAAAUUUCAAGUCUCAUCUUCAAUAAAUACAAUUGUCAAAUAUAAAAAAUUGAACACUUUUGGCACCGACCAUUUGCUAUUUUGUAGGUGUAGUUAUCAUGAUAUAUCACAGUGUUGGUGUUGUUAUCUUGGUUUAUCACAGUGUCGGUGUAGCUGUCAGAAUAUAUCACAGUGUUGGUGUGGUUAUCAUAAUAUAUCACAGUGUCGGUGUAGUUGUCAUGAUAUAUCACAGUGUCGGUGUGGUUAUCAUGAUAUAUCACAGUGUCGGUGUCUGGUCUUAUAUCAGAUCAGCUUGGCGUGGCUACAGAGGUAUUUGUUGAUAACCUUGAUUCUGUCUAACAAGGAAGUUAGAAAAUCCUGAGUCUACUGUUUCAAUAUCUCACCACUCUCCGAGUGUGUUUUCAAAAAAAAAAAAAGUAGCGCAGUUGCUUAAUUUGAAAACUAAUUAUUGUGCUCACUCAUUCAAUCGGAGUGAUGCAACAAUAAAACUUAGAAUAUUGAUGUUACAUGGUCUGCAGCCAUAACGGCAGUACUGUU